AUGAUUAGUGAUGAACUUUAAAAGUAUAAAGAGAUGGAAGAGAUUUUUCUGAAAGAAUUUCAAUCGAAAAAAGGAUCAUAUUUUCUCAUUUCAUCACAGUUAAAUAUUCAUACUAUUCUUAAGAUGGUUAAAUAACUGGAAGAAGAAAGUAGGGUUCGAGGGUGAUCCAAAUCACUCAAUUUCUUUGGGAAAUAUCAAUAGUGAUAUUGGAUGCAAACCUAAACAGGUUUUAAGAUAUGACCCAAUUGAUCAUCAUCCAUGGAAUACUCAAUUAAAACCUAAUUUAAUUGAAGGCAAAGAUUAUGUUGUUGUUGAUUCUAAUAUGUGGUAAUAUCUCAAAGGGUAAUUCUAAAAUAUGUGAAUUUAGAAUAAAUAAAUAAAGAAUCGAUUUUACAAUAGAAAGAGAUUCAUUUCUAAACAAUGAUGGAUAAAGAUAAAUUUAAGCAUAUUUAUAAUGCAUUAAAUUUGUGCCCAUAUUCCCUUCAGCUAUGAUGAAACUUCAAACUACUAUGAUUGAAGGUGAAUAAUACAUUUCACCAAUUGCGCUAAUAAGCGAAGUUGUUACUAUUUUAAGCAAAACAUUGAAAACAGUGUAAGAAUAAUAUCUAAAGACUUAGUACAUCUUUUAAAUUUGUUACCAAAGACAAUAUUAGAUUAUAUAAGUUAGGAAAAACUUGGAAUCUAGAAAACCUUAAGACAUUUUUAUUGUAAUAACAUAAAGAAAAAAAAUAAUUAAUUGAAUUUACAGAUAUAGAAUUCUUAAAUCCUCUUGAAAAUAAGUUCUUCAAAGACUAUAACUUUGAAAAGGAUUAAAUUUUGUUAAUGGAUGCUAAAGAAUUGGAAAAGACCUUCUCAAUUUCAAAUAAUCUCUUUCAAUUAGAAGAAAAAUGCAUAAAUUGUUCAUAAUAUUAAAAUUUGAAUUUUAAUUGUGUUUGUAAAAAGGUUAAAUACUGCAGUGAAUCAUGUUUAUAGUAACACUAAUAUCAUCAUAUACAAGUAUGUGAAAAAUAAAAUGAUACAGAUGAAAUACUUGUUAAAUUAAUUCCUAAUUCUUAAUCCAAAUAAGGUCUAACAGGGUUAAGGAAUUUAGGAAAUACUUGUUAUAUGAAUAGUGCUUUAUAAUGCUUAUCAAAUACACCUGAAAUAUCAAGAUACUUUUUGGAUAAUUCAUUCAAAUUUGAGAUUAAUGCUUAAAAUGCGUUAGGCACAAAGGGUGAAUUUGCAUCAUUGUUUUCAUAUCUUUUAAAAAGGCUUUGGUUUGAUAAAUAAUCAUAAAUAUCACCAUUUUAAUUUAAAAGAUUGGUUGGCAAAUUGUCCCCCAACUUUGCAGGAAAUGCAUAACAUGAUGCAUAAGAAUUUAUAACAUUUACUCUUGAUUUACUUAAUGAAGAUUUAAAUAGAGUCAAAGUAAAACCAUAUGUAGAAAUUCCUGACAAUGAUAAUAGACCUGAUGAUGUUGUAAGUUAAGAAUAAUGGGAUUGCUUUUAAAAAAGAAAUGAUUCUUUGAUUGUUGAUGAAUUAUAUGGGUAAUAUAGAUCAAAGUUGCAAUGUCCUAUUUGUGAUAAAAUAUCUAUUACAUUUGAUCCAUUUUUAAUGGUCAAUGUAACAAUUCCUUAAGAAUAAAAAAAGGUUUUGGAAUUUUUUGUUAUUGAUCCUGAAAACCUUUGGUUGAGUAAACCGGUCACUCAUUAUUAUGAACCAGAAUUGAGACUUAAAGAAGUUUUGUAAUUUAAAUCAUAAGAAUGGCUUAAUUGUGAAUGGGAUCAAAUCAUUUUAACAUUAAGCUCUACUUUUUCAAUUGAAGAAGGUAGCUAAUUUUUAAUAAUUUAGUUUUUUUGGAUUAAAGAUUAGAAUUAUUAAAAAAACAAUUAAAACAUGAUAAAAAAUUAUAAUUAAGAAGACUAACAGUCCAAGAAUAAAUAAUUUAAAACGAAUCCUAAGUUCAUGUUCUCAUUCACAAUUAAAUUUAAACAAUGAGCAAUUGGAAAAAAGAUAUAAUUCCCACCAUGUACUUUAUUCUAUCUCAACAUUAUACAUAUAAAGAAAUUCAUAUGUUUUUCUUUGAUUGUUUUUAAAAUGUUCUAAAAAAUUUUGUAGAUUUUGAUUAAAACUGGCUUAAUUCAGAAAAUCAAGAAGAAGUUUAUUAACAACAUGUUUUAGAUAAGUAUUGGAAAAUCAUGUUUAAAUCAAAUCAAAGGUAUUAAGUGAAUUGUUCUUAUUGUUAUAAAGCUUAUUGUAAUGAUUGUCCUCUUGAAUUUAUUGAUAAAAUAUUUGGUGAUUGUUUUGAGAGGGAAGAUAAAUUAUUACAGCCAGAAAUAUAAAUCGUAUGGCUUAAGCCUUGUAGAGAAAAAAUUGAAGAUAUUUAUACUGAAUACCAAAAGAUAUUUGAUCCUAAUUAUAAGCCCCCAGUCGUUAACUUAAAUUGGGAUAACAACCAAAAAAAUAAUAAAUAUAAAUAGACUUAUACUUUAGAGCAUUGUUUAGAAUAUUCAACAAAGCCAGAAUAAUUACAAGUAGAUAAUACUUGGUAUUGUAAUGGAUGUAAAGAUCAUGUGCAAGCUUAUAAAACAUUAUAAAUUUAUAAAACUUCAAAGAUCCUGAUUUUUCAUCUGAAAAGAUUUAAAGAUUCAUAUAAAUUAUUUAAAUCAAAACUGCAAACUAAUAUAUUGUAUCCUGAAAAGUUAGAUAUGAGCAAUUUUGUGCUGUAUAAAGGUAAAAUAGAUUAAUAAAUAAAUAGAUAAUAAUAAUUUAUAUGAAUUGUAUGCAAUAUGCAAUCAUAUUGGUGAAUCUGGUAGUGGGCAUUACACUGCAUUUUGCAAAAACAAUGGAGAAUGGUAUAGAUUUGAUGAUUCGAUUGUCAUCAAAGAGACAAAUAGUAUUGUUACUCCAAAUGCUUAUGUUUUAUUUUAUAGAAGAAUUGAUCAUAAAAAUGUUGAAUAUGAUUUAGAAGCUAAAUUAAAAUAGAAUAUAGAUCUAUUAUUAGCAGAUGAAGUAUUUAAGCAGCAUCUGUAAAAACUAUAAGAAGAAAAUGAUGAAAAUAUAGAUACUUAAAAACAAGUUUCAUCUUCUAUGAAUACAUAAUAAGAAUAAAAUAAGGAGGUCUUGGCUAAAUUAGAUAUCAAUUUAGUCAACGAUUAAUCUAGCAGUGAUACAAAUAAUGGGGAAGAUGAUGAAAAUGAAGAUGAAAAUUGA